AGGUCAGUGAACGCACCGCACACACUCAGUACGCUCCUUCCUGCAGGAGAGGUCAGUGAACGCACCCUUAAACGCUCACUACGCUCCUUCCUGCAGGAGAGGCUCCACCCUAAGAACUGCCUGGGGGUGCGUCAGUUUGCUGAGACCAUGAUGUGUACGACCCUGUAUGACUCAGCGAGCAGCUUCCUGCACCAGCACUUCCUGGACGUCUGCGUCUCCGAAGAGUUUCUGUCUCUGAGGACGGACGAGCUGCUGGAGCUGGUCGGCUGUGACGAGCUCAACAUCAAAGCCGAGGAACAGGUGUUCGAGGCGGUCCUGGCCUGGGUCCACCAUGACCGAGACGUGAGGGAGGCGCUGCUGCCCGAGCUGCUGUCAAAGAUCCGUCUCCCUUUGUGUCGUCCUCAAUUCCUGUCGGACCGCGUCCAGACGGACGAACUCGUCCGCUGCUGCCACAAAUGCAGGGAUCUGGUUGACGAAGCCAAAGACUUCCACCUGAUGCCGGAGCGGCGUCCUCACCUCCCGGCCUUUAAGACCAGACAGAGAUGCUGCACGAGCAUCACGGGACUCAUCUACGCUGUUGGGGGGCUCAACAGCUCAGGUGACUCUUUAAAUGUGGUAGAAGUGUUUGAUCCAAUCGGGAACUUCUGGGAGCGCUGUCAGCCAAUGAGGACGGCCCGCAGCAGAGUGGGCGUGGCCGUGGUCAACGGGCUGCUGUACGCCAUCGGAGGAUACGACGGCCAAUCACGGCUCAGCACGGUGGAGGUCUACAACCCGGAGACGGACAGCUGGACGCGGGUGUCCAGCAUGAACACCCAGCGCAGUGCCAUGGGAACGGUUGUGAUUGACGGACACAUCUACGUGUGCGGCGGCUACGAUGGGAAGUCGUCUCUGAACUCAGUGGAGAGUUACUCCCCGGAAACGGACCGGUGGGUUACAUAGCAACCACUAUUUAAUGUCUGGCAACAUUAUGGGAUGGAUCCCUACAGGGAUAUACCUUUUAGUAAUAGAGUAAGAUCCUUUUAGUUUAACAUGAAACAGAAAUCAC